CUAGCACCAAAAGCCACCCACUCGUCCAUUCGUCGUCCGCCGCAUCUUGUCUCCAGUCUCCCAGCUCUCCUCCCCCCCAUCCCCGCCCCCUGCGUCCUAGCGGAGCCCUACAAGGACAAGAGAGAGACAAGCUGUGACAGAAACUGGCUUGCACCGCGCGUUCAAGUCUCUUCGAGUCUGGACCGUCUAGACCUGCCCAUGGGUCCCUGCUUCGACAGGCCGCUCAAUCCUGCACUCAUUGAUCACGAAGUCAAUUCAAUUUCCGCUCUGUUUCUAAUACUCACCAUAGGUCGCAGGCGAGCUUCAAGGUUUUUUCUCGCAAUAUCAACCGCCACAUGGUCGGCCACUCAUCUACCGUGUACGGGUUGCGCCCACUCGGUGGCCUGUCAGUCGCCCUCCCUGUCACCAGCUCUUCUUCACUAG